AUGGCUUCCAGUAGAGAGAGUCGUCAAACCCUAAAAUUACUCUCAUCUGGCCCUUCAUUUCACUCGCAGCCACUUCCCACUCUUCCUUUCGACCUCAUCCCAGAUAUACUGUCUAGGUUACAGGUGAAAUUCCUCCUUCAACUCCGAUGUGUCUGCAAGUCAUGGAAAUCUCUGAUCUCCGAUCCAAAAUUUGCUAAGAAGCACCUUAGCGUGUCAACCAUCCGACGUCUGCACUUCGUAAACUACGAAGAAGGCUCACUUCGCGAGUAUGUUCUCAAGUCUUACCCACUCCACUCUAAUUUAGCAAGCACUAACACUAACUUCACACGGUUUGAGUAUUUUGCAAACAAUUUUGAUGGAGAUUAUCCUCGUGAUAGUAUCCGUUACUUCAUUGACUCUUGCAAUGGAAUCCUUUGUAUCGGAGGUGGUUAUAAAGGCUUAGUUAUAUUGUGGAACCCCUCUUUACGAAAGUUUAAAGAGUUGCCCGUUUUUGAAAAGCCAAAGGUGUCUACUGAUCACCUUAGAAAGACUUUUGGUUUCGGUUCCGAUUCUCUUACUGAUAAUUACAAGGUAAUUGUUGUUCUAGACUACUUUAUUCAUGAUAGAACAGAUAGUGAUAAUUUGGUCCGCAAAUCUGAAGUAAAAGUUCAUACUUUGGGUUCUAAUAUUUGGAGAAACAUUCAAGAGUUUCCUUUUGGUGUUUUCCCUUUUGGAAGAUCGGGAAAAUUUGUUAGUGGCACUAUUAAUUGGUUGGCUUCCAGAAAAUUCUAUCCGGGAUGUAACCAUUUUAUUGUUUCUUUUGAUUUGGCAAAAGAGUCUUAUCAAAAGCUAUCACCUCCUAGUUAUGGAGGGGCAAAUGUGGGUAAAAUGCCUACCUUGGGUGUUUUGAAGGAUUGCUUGUGCUUGACUUGUGGUGAUGAUGUUUGGGUUAUGAAACAAUAUGGAAAAAAAGAGUCAUGGACUAAAUUGUUCACUAUUGCUUACGAGCGUGAUCCUAAUAGAUUCUACAUGUACGCCAAGGUAAUAUAUGUUUUUGAGGAUGAUGAAGUGGUGAUGUUGCACAUUUUAGGUGCUUUGGGAUUGAAUUUGAUUCUCUACAAUUAUAAAAAUGGUACUCUUAAGUCUAUAAAUCUUAAAAACAAUCCAGAAGUCUGUAUUGAGAGUUUAAUAUGGCCUUGUUCUUAA